UUUUUUAUUUACAGGGAACACAAAUAGAAUUGUCCAUCGGUGUCAUUUUAGGAAUUUCUACCAUGGCAGGUAAGUACAUUCCUCUCCCCUUCGAUUUCACUGCAAAAUUCUUGAAAUGUUCUUAUCUUAAUGAACUUCAUUAUCAUGAUAAACAUUAGUCCAGUCUCAUCAUCUGGUGCUAACUCUGCCAAUUCUAACAAUACGUACGUAUCACCGGGCUUGAAAAUGCUUGGAUCACAAUUUUACUACUGUACCUACUUAUGCUGUAUUGCAGACAAGUUGCGUACAAUACCUGACAAUAAUAUCGGGCUUGCUUAUUGAAGCAAUAAUGAAACCGCUGAUAUACUUGUUGCACCAAGCGGUGUCAAAAUCAAAGGGAACCUUUCAAAUCGGUGGUAUAAAAAUGUUUUUAAUACCAAAUCAUGAAUAUUCUUCCAACAUUUAUUUUGUAGAUCUGCUGUGGGACAAGUCUUUAUAAAAAAUAAAAAAACAAUACAAAAUCAGUUUGUAUUGGUAGCUUAGGGCUCUUUCUAUAACAAUUUGUAACAGCUGAAUGUGUACUAAUCUAAUUUCACUCCUUUGUAGUCUUAUAGCCAGCUUUGAUAAUGAGGACAACGCAAAUAGUGCAUUGCGCUCUUAUUUUAGAUCUCUCUUGUUACAUUGACAUAGUUUAAUCUCCAUUUAUCUGCCCUGGGUAAUAGAUUUAGGGUCUGCUCAAAAGAAGCUCAUUCAUUGCGCCUUUGCCAUUGUUUUCUAAAUAUAAAUGUAUCUGGGGAUUUCCACGUCAGGAACCAUUUAGGUCAAUAAUCCUGGAUUUUGAUGUAUUUAUUGUCUCCCUUGUGACAAGGUCUGCAGUUUAAGUAUUUCAUUCACCGCUGUUCUUUUUAGUUUCCUAUAAUGGUACUUGCCUGCCCCAUUUCAUCUCAGCUCUUUCCUUUCCUUUGAUCUCGACAUACUAUGGCCAUGGACGGUACAAAUCUAAUUAAUCCCUGGUUGGCGCCCUGUCAGGAAAGACCUGAUCUCACUAGGCCCCUGUUUUAGUCCUUAAAUGAUGGUUAAAGAUGUCAAAUGUCAACGAGCAACACAUUAGGUAAAGGCUAAAAUGUUAUGUAUAAGAAAAGUGUUCUAUUUUAGUUCAUUUAAUUUUAAUUUAUUAUUAAAAUAUAGUUGAAGCAUUAAAAAAAAAUAGAUUAACAUGCAGGACUUUUAAAACCUCUCUGCAGGUAACCAGCUCAUUUUAAAAUAGCUGUGUAGCAAGGGGAACAUUUUAACAUGGUUAUUCUAAAGUCAGAAUUCAAGGUGAGUUUCAAAUUUAAGACCAGAAUAGCCUAAUCGGAAGCAGUUUGGUAACCCUGUAAAUGUAUAUCCGUGCAGUCUGGUGGUUAGCUACAUAUUUAAUUAAUUACAAAUAUGCAAAAAUAAAUAUAAAGAUGAUACAUGCUGUAAAUCCCCAGGCUUUACAGCAUCUGCAGUGAACUCUGCACAAAACAGGAAGCGACUCCAGCUUCUCGCAUUAUUUUCAGCAGAGCUGAGCAUAUUACAUGAAAAAGGAAUAUACUGCUUUAGAAAAUCAGCUUGCCAAAAGCUUCUUUCACAGUUUGUAAGAGAUGCUGUUAGAUGUUGUUCAUGUAUGUGACCAUGGCUCAGUUUUUUUACAACGUGUCAUGUAAAUGAAAGAGGGAAAUGCAGAAAUUAAAAUAAGAUCAGAAUAGAAUGUCAAGAAAGAACCUUGUAGUCCCUACUUUGUCACAGGAUAUCUUUUGACUGGGUUGGAAUUUAGAAACAUAGAAUGUGAGGGCGGAUAAGAACCAUUCGGCCCAUCUAGUCUGCCCAAUUUUCUAAAUACUUUCAUUAGUCCCUGGCCUUAUCUUAUAGUUAGGAAAGCCUUAUGCCUAUCCCAUGCAUGCUUAAACUCCUUUACUGUGUUAACCUCUACCACUUCAGCUGGAAGGCUAUUCCAUGCAUCCACUACCCUCUCAGUAAAGUAAUACUUCCUGAUAUUAUUUUUAAACCUUUGCCCCUCUAAUUUAAGACUAUGCCCUAUUGUUAUAGUAGUUUUUCUUCUUUAAAUAUAGUCACCUCCUUUACUGUGUUGAUUCCCUUUAUGUAUUUAAAUGUUUCUCCUACAAGCUAUACAUGAUAAGAUCCUUUAAAGUGGCACUGUCAUGCCGAACUUACCUUUCUUUAAUCGCUUCCUCUUCUCUCCCUCUGUCAGGAUCUGUUUUUCAUUUCUUCCUGUCUGCUCGAGUUUUCUUUAAAACAUAAGACAAAGUAGGAACUACUUUGUCUUAUAGAGGUUUCCUACACUUUGACCAGCGGAGGAACAAAGUGUUCUCCGUUUUCUGUGGUCAAUGCAAUUUUCCCACAAUUCUCACCUUUCCUCCGUGUUCUCGCGAUGUCUCCUUUCCGUAUUCCCAAACGCCGACAAAACAACUGAAUUUCGUCCUAACAGAAUGAGAGCAGUUCGUCCAUUCGUGUUAGGACGAAAUUCAGGACUUUUGUUCGGUUCGAAAUUUCAUUCAAAUGAAUGAAAUUUCAUUCAAAUGAAUGAAAUUCCGAUCCGAUCGCGGAUGCAUCUUGCAGCCGCUUAGUAGAUAGCUCCCUAAUUCCCACGGUAUCAGGGAGCUAUCUACCAAAAGGCAGAAAGACCAAGAUUGGUCAUUCAGCCAACUUUACUACUACUAAGUGAAAAUUACUUGGUAAUUAAUCUGCCCCUACUCGCUAUAUCGCAAGUAGGGGCAUGUCUAGUAAACAGUUAAAAGCCCAUGGUGGGGCAUCUUUUAACUAGCCUGGGGGCUAUUCAAGUAAAUUGGGAACAUAGGGUCCCCCUUGGCCCCCACCCCUGAGCGGUGGGUAUGUGCCCUAAAUUACAAUAAGGUUGGGGACCUAUUGUCCUCCCCCUGGCCCCCACACAAAAAUAAAAAUGGGGGGGGGGAAACAUAUUUUCCUACCACAGCCCCCACCCACGAGUGGCGGGUGGGGGCCUUAAAUGAAAAUGGGGGCACCUAUUGUCCUCCCCUGGCCCCCACCCCGAGUGGUAGGUGGGGGCUCUAAAUUACAAUACGGCAGGGGACCUUGUGUGGGCAGAUGACGUUUCCCACAGGGCCUUCAUCUACCCACACAAAGAUGGCGGCGCCCAGAACCUAGGUCCAGGCACAAAAUAAAGAUGCAGAAAUAGGUAAUAUGGGGUGUGGCGAAACCGACCUCGCCACUGGGCAUUGGAGAAGACUGAUUGCCAGCCUUUUGCCAUGUGAUUAUGUUCCCUGGAAGAUCUGGCCCUUUAAAUACAGUAUUUGGACAUAUUGUAUUUUAUUGUGCUGUUUCUGGCCCUUUAAGUACUUUGGGAAAGGACCUGCAGUUUUGGCAUGGAACUUCGAAGUGCCGAAGUAGUCAAAAUGGCCGCCAUUAGAAAACCGAACACGUGGCGGCGGCCAUUUUGAUUCAUUCGAAUGCAGUCAGCGGUGUGUGCCGCCAAACUCAUGGAACUAAAAUCGGCUACAGAACGGCACAAAGACCGCUGAAGUUUUACCUUCCCUGGAACUAAUGCAUUUUAACCCCAUGGAUGGAAUUGGCUGAAUUUUGACUAUGUUUAUAAUUAAAGUGUGCUGAAUAAAAAUGUCAUUUUUAUGAAGAUUGAAUGCACGUUUUUAAAGUUACAGUAUAUGUGUAAAAACUGUAUUUCUCUGUCUGUGAUAAUUACAUUAACCCAUUAUGUAAGGUAAUUGUAUCACAGGCAGAGGGGAGGAUUUUGUGUGGGAGUGUCUCAGUGUAUUGUACGUAUUGAUUGGUUGUACUUCAAAACCCUGUGGGUGGUACUAUGAUUGUAGAAUGGGCAUAAAAGCAGAGUGUUUGAUUAAAAACUUCAGUUCUACUUCACCCUCAAUUUGGAGUGCCAUCUCUAAUUGGGGGAAUCUGCUAAAAGGGAUUACUAUACUAGUCAUACUCCCUUGCUAUAUCACUACUAAGCUCUUGUAAGAGCUUGUUCCUGUCUUGCUCUCUGAAGGAGUCUACGGUGGUUAUGGUGUCAGCUGGAGUGCUUGGAGCCCUCAGAAAGGGCUAGGAGCAUCCUUCAACGGAGGUACCCAGUCUGGGUGCCAGGUGAUCCGUUACAUGGGGGGCCUAGGGGCAUUUGGAGGUAACUAGGGGGGCAAUUAGAUGUAGUGGAGUCGGGAGGGAGGGUUAAAAAAAAAAAAAAACAACUGGAUCCGGCCAUGACAGUGCUGUUUUAAACCUCCUUGUAAGUUUUAUCCUAUAAUCCAUAAACCAGUUUAGUAGUCCUUCUCUGAACUCUCUCAAAAGUGUGAAAAUUCCAACACAGUCAAUAUCAGUAUUUAAUAAAAAUGUUUUCUUUAUGAAAUACUCAUUUUUGGGUGACGGUGCUGCUUUAAGACUUGAUUUAAUAAGCUUUUCAAAUGAUUGAACACAAUUAGAAAAACUUUAUUAAUCAUUUAUCUACAAAACAUCUCAUAGACUUUAAUUCUGAUUUCUGUAGAUAAACCAUUUGGAACAUUAUUCUUAUUUUGUUUAUUAAAUCGAUUCCUUUGUCUGAAUUAUAGUUCUGUUAUUUUACUUUUUUUUUUUAAUCAAAAAAAUGGCUUCUCUGACCCUUUUGUCCUCUGAAUUAUAGUUCUAUUUUUCUUUUUCAAAAAAGGCCUUCUCUGACAGCAUGGUAUUGUACAAAUGAUGUUAUCAAUGCAAUAUAAGCUAUUAGAAAAUACUUCUGCAGAAUCUAGAUCAUUUCAGCACAAGCAAGAGCAAUAAAAGAUUAACUGUAGGGGAAAUUACAGAAAUAUGAUUUAAUGCUGUUUAGAAGAACACAAUUAUUAUGUACGUUAAUAUUACAGUCUAGGGGGCAUGUGGGCUAAACCAUGCAGUUUGCUGAGCGAACAAACUUAAAACAUUUAGGAUUAAACAGCCACAUUUAAAAAGAAAAAAAACACCUAACAAACAAAGCUAAACUCCUUUUCAGUAAAAUUGGAAAAUGUUCCCAUGCUGCUUCUGUCCAUUAUCUCAAAGUUUAGCGAAUAAAUCCCAGAGAGUUCCCAAACAUUUCAGCUAUAGUAAACCUUGAAAUCGAAUAUCCAGCUCAAAGUUUACUCCCAGUAUGAUUAGCAAACCUUGACAUCUCCAGAGUGGUUCAUAAAGGAGCAUGAUAGGGUCAGGAACACAGACAUAUAUUCCUGACUCUAUAGUGUUAAAAACACCAUCUAGCCCCCCUGACCCUCUUUGCCCUCUCUAAAUAUAGCAAAGCCUUACCUUUAUUGCAGCCUGUGGCUGCUGGCUCUGCCAUUGAUCUGCCUGCUUGACUGACACCAUUAGAAGUGAUUAAUCUAAGCCAUUAGAUUGGCUGAAAAAGUCAAGAAAGCAGAUUGGGGCAGAGCCAGCACAAGCCAAACACAGUCCUGGCCAGUCAGCAUCUCCUCAUAGAAAUGCAUUGUGCAGCACUGCCCCAGGAAGCACCUCUAGCAGCCAUCUGAGGAGAGACCAGUGGAGGUAUCCCUAGACUGUAAUGUAAACAAUGCACUCUAAAAAUAGUGUUUACUGCAAAAAGCCUGAAGAAACUGAUUCUACUCACAAGAACAAAUACAAUAAGCUGUAGUUGUUCUGGUGACUAUAGUUUCCCUUUAAUUCAGAUAAACUCCAUUGUGAACCUUUUAUUGUAACAUUCUGGAAUUUUUGUGACUAUUUGCCGUUAAAGUACACUUAAGGCUUUGAUUGUUUUUCAUGUUCUAAAAUAGUAUCUAUUUUUUUUUUUUUUGCAGCUGCUGCCUUAGGAAACCUUGUGUCUGAUUUAGCUGGACUUGGGUAAGUAAUAUUUGGAACAUUAUUAGAAUGGAAAAACCAAAUAGCACACACCACUACAACAGGGAACCGCAUAACAUGCAUUAACGUAACUAUAAAUAAGAUUCAUACGCAGUAUGAAAACGCUAAAUGGCUUUUGUUAAAGACAGGGUUCACUGCUGAUUUUUUGGGGAAUUGUAUGUACCUAAAAUUCUUUAAAAUGAUCUGUACUGAUGAAUUUUCUUUCACUUGUUCUUUACGCAACUGUUUUAUUGACUUAUUUUUCCCUUUUCUUUGCUAAAUAAAUAAAGAAAGAAAGAUUGUCGAAAAAUACUAAAUGGUAUGCGAUUUAGCAUUUUCUUUGACAAUCUUUCUCUAUUCAUUUAUGUCCAGAUAGCUCCUUCGGUUAGUGUACCAUCUGAUUAAUCCCGAAUGACCGGUUCUGCUCAUGAUACAUCCUUUCCUUCCUUUCAAAGUAGAUGCAAUAAAUAUUAUAAAAGUAAAUCUUUCAGUAUUAUGUAUGUACAUGCUUAUCCAAAAAAAAUACCUUUAACAAGUCUGUAAAAUUUUAUUGAGGGGUGUAUUUAUUUUAGAGAAAAAUUAGGUUUCUAUUCGUUGACUAUAACGACGGUGGAGGUUAUUUUAUGAAUUUAUUAGUUCAACGUUUUAGUACAGUACAGGGAAUAGUCUUUCUGAAUAUUAAACUAUCCUUUUUGAACUGUACUACAUGUGUUCUUGGUAUGUACAUUGUUUUACUAUACAGUACACCUACUAAAUAAAGUGCAAGCUACAAAUAAUAUAAAUAAAAAUUGUACAUCAGUCUGCUGGGAACAUUUACUACCAAUAUGUCAUGUUCUGAUAAGGUAUUCAUCUCACUCCCUUCCAGUUUAUAAGGAUAUCUUUGUGACCUGUGCAGCUGUUAAGUCUUUUCUCCCAGUAUCUCCCCAGAAGCUAAUGCCGCUUGCUAAUACAUCUUUACGACUUGCUGACUCGGGUACACGCUUCCGUGUGAAUCAUUGCAUAUUUUUACAAUGUAAAUUCUAAAUAUAAAAUUCUCCUGGAAGAGUGGUGAAUGUAAGAAUAAAUCUAAUUUUCUCUGCAAUAGAGCAGUGCAUUACCCAGUUAAGAUUCAUAUGCCUUGGACUGCUACAAAAAUAAAUUUUAUUUAAACUAAAGUGGCUGAUGAUAUGAGUUGAAAGAAUAUCAUUUGCAUAACAGAAACGGGCAUUCUAGAACCAUAGCAAUGAAUCUAUCAGGUUUUCUGGGUAUCCUGUUGUUCACAUUAUAUACUUGUAUCACUUGGCAAUGAGAUACAGUUAUUAGUAGACAAACCACUGUCUGUAUCUGAUGAAUGUAUUCUUGUACUCCUUGCGAACGGUAAAGAGCGCACGCUGAGCAAAUCUAAAAAUAUACACCACCAGUUAAUAUCAAAUUGUAAUUCACUACAAAAGCCAAACAGGUGAGAUAAAUAUCCCUUAGAAUUUAUAAGCGGAUACUCUGCUCCAUCCCAAAGUUUCAGUAAAAAGCUUGCAUAGCCAGAAAAAGCCUUGCUUCCACCAAGUUCAGCCACAUUUGUUUCUGCUGUUGAUCCAAAAGAAGGCAAAUAACCCAAUUUGAAGAUAUUUCCAAUUUUGCAACAAACUAGCAAAAAAACUAAAAUACAUUCCAACCCAAUAAUGGCAGUCUGAUCUCCCCUUCGAUCAUGAAGUUGUUGCCCUACAUAAUAAAGGAACACUAUAGCAUUGAGAAUAAAGACCUGUAUUCCUAACGCUAUAUGCCCUAUUUGAAGACUUGUUUAAUCCCCCUUCCCUUCCGUUUGGAGCAAAAAUCUAAAAAUGUUUUAUUUUACCAUUACUCCAGCUGCUCCACCUCACGCAACGUUAUCAGACUCUCUCACUGGUGUCCAAUGCAAUACUCCUUAUAGGGGAGCAUUGGAAACUGAUGCGCAUGCACAGCGAGUGUCACUCACUGAUCCAAAUACUUCUCAUAAGAAAGCAUUGAAUUCAGUACUUUCUUAUGAGCUUCAAUUUCACAUACAGCCAGUAGAGGUGGAUUGAAACCUACAAUGUAAACAUACAAUGUUCUAAAGAACCACUGCACCCACUACAUUGAGAUGAAGUGGUCUGGGUGAAUAUAUGACCCCUUUAAGUUUUUUUGCAGAAACAUUGAAGUAGGGUUUGAUACAUUGAGCCUUUAGCUCAUCAGUCAUAAGUAAUAUUUAUUGUGCCUGUUUGCUUUUUGUGUUGAAGGAAAAGUAGAUUUUUCAAAUAUAACUUUUGGCAUAUAUUUCUGUAAUUGAAUUCAAUAAAGGUUACUUUUUCCAUGUACUGUGCUGUACAGUUCUGCAUUGUGCUGUGUGUAACUCUGUACUCUUUGCCGAUAUAUCUAUAUAUUUAUAAAAUAUUUUACUCUGUAUGAAUGAUAUGAAUGUCUUUUUCUCCCCAGUCUUGCAGGUUAUGUUGAGGCAAUAUCCUCAAGAUUAGGUUUACCGAUCCCAGACCUGAAUCCUAAACAGGCUGACAUGUGGCAGACACGAGUCAGUGCGCACCUGGUAUGUCAAUUUCCCAUAAAUACUGUCUAAAAAGCAUAACGACAUAAUGCCCGGUAUUUAAGUGCUUUAGGAUUUUGGCCAUCAGGCCAGGUUUUCAUGUCCUCCCAGGAAAAUAGUAUAUGUUCAGUUUAUUCUUUCCAUUCAGUUUAUUGCAUAUUAUAUCCAUCACGGCUACCGUUUAGCACGUUUGCUGUCAAUACUGUUUUUCCUGCGAUAUUUUAACAAUGUCUAGAGUCCAUCGCUGGAUUAGAAUCUCAGGAUCUCCCUUAAAAAAAAAUAAUUCUUGUUUAUGCACCUUGACUGUAGGUCAGUGCUGUGAGUAAUGUGUCAAUAAUAUAUGCAUACGGCUUAUAGGACCACAACCAAUGCACAUGGCUGUUCUCUUUUUGCAAUGUAGUGUGUGCCCUGGCCGUGCCAAGACUAAACAAGAUGAUAAUGAGAUGAUAAUGCUAAUUGCAAACUCAUUUCUCAUGUGAGAAAAAAAAUAAUAAUGUAGUUUUCAAUAUUUUAUUCAGUGGUAUCAUAGCCAGAAGAGUGACAAUUCCCCUAUCAUUGAUCAGUGAACAUUACAAGUCACUUUUCAUUUUCCUUGAUGCAGUGCCAGGUGAUCUAUAACUCUGCAAGGGUGGCAAGCCGGGUCUAAGUAAAUUUUAGUGAAUGACCCUUGUACUCUGUGAUCAAUAUUUUCACAAUUACUUGUUAUAGCUGACAUAAUAGUUAUUGAUCAUUUGAGUGAAUUCACAAAAUGUGGGAGAAGAUUUUUCAUAAUUCUCGUUUAAAGAUUUUCUUAAACAUUCUGGUGGGUUUAAGUGUGGAUAUAGCCAAACAUUUCUUUAUUUUUUAAAUUAUUUUUUUUCAGUUUAUUUCGGGUCAGAUGUUAUAAUAAUGGAAAACAAAAUCUUUCGUUUCCUAACCAUAUUUGCACAAUGUACUAUUUCAAGAUCGCAAUGGGCAUUAUUAGUGAUAAGCCAAGUAUAAUGUAAUUAAACUAGUUAGUUAGUAAAAGAUAAGAUAUUUAAUAUCUUGUUUUACUCUGGUACCUAGUUUAAUUGUAACACUGAUUACUAGUUACUUUGUAUAAGUAGACAAGGAUAGAAUAUUCAAUAAUGUGUUCAAGAACACAAUUACAAACCAUUUGCCCAAUUCAAUUAACUGAACCCAUGAACUUAAUUCAUUACACGGAUAAGCCAUAUCCCAUUAUAGCUUAACAUUUAUGGCAUCAGUGGUGUCAUUAAGGUGCUAAAUGCAUAGAUUUGAAUUUUUUUGGGCCGAGUUUUGUGUCUUAACAUAACCGUGUGCUUCCUAAAGUUAAGAAUCUCUGCAAGAACUUCAGGAAUCACCAUAUUCAAGAUAUAGUGAUCGGACUGCAUUAUGGGAUCUCUUUUAGCAGUUCAUACAUGGCAGGGAUGUCUAGCAGUUGGCAUUCCAGCUCUUGUUGGGUCGCUGGCUAUGAAUUAUGGGAGUUAUACUUAAGAAGAGCUGGAAUGCCAACUGAUUAGUCCUAUUAGUUUAUCAUUUUAUCCAGAAGUCGCCCAAAACAUCUAGGCCAGCUGGGUUCUUCAUGGAGGGCGGCUGAAUUAGUGGGUGUUGCAGUCUGUAAGCUGAAAGAAGCAUUUGAUAGAAGUCGCAUUAUAAAAAGGAUUGUGUACACUAUUCUGGCUCAGUAAAUUGUCAGAUGGAAAGGAAAAAUAUUUCAUGUAAUCUCAGAAUGUUCCUGAACUAGAGUAUAAAUAAUUAACUUGAGAUCUUCCUCGCUAAAAUGAAAUGUUCUUUUUCUGCAUAUAGGAUCUGCAUAGAUAGAGGAUACGGUGACAUACGGUUUUGUUGCACAGUGUGACUAUUUACUGUGCAAUAUGGGAUUUGAAAAUAAGAUGUGUCCAUCAAAAUGACAGGGUGAUCAUGUAAUAAAUUAGCAGAUUAACAGAACAGUAAAUAGAUUUGAUUUUACAGUCGCUCCAUAUUAAUCAUACAUCAACUAAGGCCAAUCAGCUAGUAGACGGCUUAAUAUUUAGAAUUUCCAAUUUAAAGUCCCAUGUGUUUGUGAUCAGAGAUGCUAUGAUCUAGAAAUGUAUAUUCAUAUAUUUGUUAUGUGUCUGAUAAUGAAUUCAUAAUACCUGCUAGACUCCUCAAAUUUUUACAAUUAAAAAAAACUGCUGUCUUAUCACUGUUAAAUGUCAACAAUCAAAUGUCGUGAUUAACUCAUCGCCCCCCACCAAAGACGGCAUCUGAUCAUCUUGCAAGAUUUUUUAAUGUAGAAUCCAAGUGAGAUUACUAAAACAAAUGAUUAAAUAUAUCAAGGGGUUAGAGACCGAGCAUAGGUAUUUGGGUGUUUCAGAAUAUAGACUGGGUAUGAUGUCUGCCUAUUAUUGGCAGCAGCCAUCUUAAAAGGACACUCCGGAGUCCGGACCUCUAAAGCAUUUUAGCUUCCUUUUUGUGUGAAGUGUGUCUCCUCUUUUACAAAAAACACAGAUUUCAAUAGAAAUGGGCACUUUUAUAAAUUAACCUUGUUACGGCCCCUGGCUGUCAAUCAAACAACCGGUCCUAUUACUUCCUGUUAUGGUUAGCUCAGUGGAGCUAAACUCAAGAGGCAGAAAAUGUUGGCGUUGAAGAAUUAGCAACUUCUAUUUCCAUGAACCUCGACUAAUAUCUCACAUUUUAAAUAUAUUUUAAAGUCAGAUUUUCUCUUUUUUUCUUUCCUCUCAACAGGGUAAAGCAAUAGGAGUGGCCAUUGGCUGUAUUUUAGGUAUGUUCCCGCUACUUUUCUUCUCGUGGGAUGAUGAAGAAAAAACAAAAGUUGAAAAGAAAAACUGAAGUUUUGUAGCCUAAGGAAACCAUACCUCAAUCCAAUAUGCAGCCGCCAUAUUUACAUUCAGCUGAGGACUUCCACACGGGAACAAACCGCAUCGAGCAUGUUGAGGACUCAUUAUCUGAUCAUGUGACUGUUCACCCUGGCUUCCAUUUUACUUUUUAUGUAUACAUGAAGAGUAAGACUUUUCUACAACCAGUUAACAGAUUCUUAUUAUAAUUUUUUUUUGGAGUGUUCAGGGUCAAGCGUUUAUCUAGUUAGUAUCUUCCAAAGCAGGAAAUAAUUUUGGGCGUUUUCAUUAACAAGUGAAAAUUAUUGUGAUCCACCAAUAAACUGGAGUCAGGCCUCUGUGGCCUGUAUGUGUCAGAUCUGAACUCUUUAACCUCCAAAUUCAUUAACCUCUGAGUUUUAGUUAGUAGUAAUUCUCGGAUGUAAUUCACACAUCUUGUGUUAACCGUUAGGACAAGCAAUUGAUAAAUACGUUGAGUCUCCACUAAAUUUAAAGGCAUAUUCUCCAUUCAAUUAACAAGGAACCAGUGAAAAUGUUCUGCUUCCCUGCACCCCCUUUCUUCAGCUCAGUUACCCCUGAAAUGACUUAAGUGAAUAAGCAGGAGUUUAUUUUGGGGUUCGUCUUGUGACAAGAGAGUAAAAACCCAGAAAGUUUUGCUAAUGAUGAUUUAAUAUUCUGCUAAUGGCAUUGUAUUGCAUUUGUGUUUGGGGGUCUAUUCACUAAAUUAAUAAAUUUGACGAAUGUACACAAACACUACACAUUUUAGGCCAAAAAGCCGAAAUGGAAACAAAUCUGUGUUGGAGAAUUUUCAAUCUCAAAAAUGUUGAUCUAAAAUUUCCAAAUUCUCCCCAAAUCUUGUUUUUUUACUAUCUAUGCAUGAAUGCAAAUCUCGUUUAAAUCACUUAAACACAGAAGGUCUAACAAACAACGCUAAUUUCCCCUCUUUCCCAACCGACUCACAAUUUAUAAAUCAGGGUGAAAGAAAUCACAAGGGCAACAUUCUGGUUUCAGGAAACAUAUCCUGGCUGGCAAUGAUGUGAUUUUUCGUUUAACCCCAAGCUUCCAUAUACGUUGUCUAUCCUCUUUGUAGAUACUGUGUUUGCGUUUUAAUUUUCGGAACCCUCUUGUCAUUUUGAAUUCUGAGAAUAUUUAACAAUAUAGUAUAUAUUUUUUUUCCCUCGUGACUUUUAAAAAUAUUGCUGGGAAAAAUAAAUUUAUUUCAAAACAUAAAAAUAGUAAAAAUAAUAAAAAUAAAGUACAAAUGUGUUCGUUUUAUGAGAACACUGUAAAGUCACGUGUAAGUCCAUAUUUAAUACAACGUUGUAGUGCACUAGUACGUAACUUAAACAGACUGCAUGUUUGGCGGAACUACCAAGCCCAAGGGCAUCAUGGGAAUUGUCUAUAAUUACAGAUUCAGGUUUGCGUGAUGUCAGGCCCAAAUAUAGUGUUAGUGAUAUGAAUCCCCAAUAUUUUAUAUUGUAACAAAACGAAGUAAAUUGAAGUUUGAAGCAAUGGUAUUCCACUUGGGUGCUUAUGGCUAAUAAACUGUUUUUGUUAUUUUGUUUUUUUUCCUUACAAAAUAUGUAAUUACAAGCUAUUAAUGUUGCCUGGCUUCUGCAUUCUGUUUACAGAAUUUAUUUUGUGUUUUACUGUAUUGGCUUUUGGACAGAUAAAUGCUGUAAACCAAUUAAUAUCUGAGGCUUCAUUAAUUACAGUCUCAUAUGAACAAAGCGCACAUUUUUGUUUGUUUUUUUAUUAAUUUUUUUUGCCCAGAAUAACAGCCUUGUUAGUUGAAUGAAUUUUUAUUAAAAAUGUACAUAUCAACAGUCUGCAUUGUGUGUAAUUGUAAGCAUUUUUUAACUUUUAUCCUACAUCUCUUUUACGGUAAAAUUUCUGCACUGCCUUAAAGGUGCACUAUAGUCACCAAAACAACUUUAGCUUAAUGAACCAGUGCUGAUGUAUAGAACAUGCCUCUGCAUUCUCACUGCUCAAUUCUCUGCCAUUUAGGAGUUAAAUCACUUUGUUUAUGCUUCCUAGUCAUGCCUCCCUGCAUGUGACUUACACAGCCUUCAUAAACACUUCCUGGAAAGAGUUCUCUAAUGUUUACACUUCCUUUAUUGCAAAAUCUAUUCAAUUUAGAUUUUUUUUAUAUCUUUCUCUGUUAAUAGCUUGCUAGACCCUACAGAAGCCUUUGUGUGUGAUUAAAGUUUUAUUUACAGAACAGGAG